AUGGCUCGCCUCUCGGGACUUCAAAAGGAGGUUCUUGCCCUCUACCGCAAUUGUCUCAGAGAGACGCGAAAGAAGCCACAGGCUACUCGACCACACUUUGAGAGCUUUGCGAGAAAUGAGUUUGCUCGAAACUUGAGCAUUGACAAAAGAGAUUUUGCCGCCAUUGAGUUCCUCUUGCGGAAGGGACGACGCCAACUUGAAGUCUACGGAUCACCCGGUAUCAAGGAUAUUAAAUAA